AUGGAGAUCCGGCCGGACAGGUUUAAGGCCGUGGCAGCCAAGACUCUCGGGAAAAUAUACGGAGCUCUUGAGAAGAAACAGGAAAAUGGCGAGACCAUUGAGCUGUCGGCGGAGGGCCGGCCGGAGCUGGUGGAGGAGAAGGAGAUGCCCGUGGUGGACUGCACGUGCUUCGGCCUGCCCAGGCGCUACAUCAUCGCCAUCCUCUCCGGCAUCGGUUUCUGCAUCUCCUUCGGCAUCCGAUGUAACCUGGGCGUGGCCAUCGUCAGCAUGGUCAACAGCCACACCAUCUACAGGGACAACAAGGAGAUCAUAGUGAAAGCACAGUUCGACUGGGAUCCAGAAACAGUGGGGAUGAUCCAUGGUUCCUUCUUCUGGGGAUACAUAGUUACUCAAAUCCCUGGAGGCUUCAUCUGCCAAAAGUUUGCAGCAAACAGAGUGUUUGGCUUUGCUAUAGUGGCCACAUCUUGCCUGAACAUGCUCAUCCCUUCUGCAGCGCGGAUGCACUUUGGCUGCGUUAUCAUCGUCAGGGUGUUUCAAGGACUUGUGGAGGGGGUUUCAUAUCCAGCUUGUCACGGUAUUUGGGCAAAAUGGGCGCCGCCUCUUGAGAGAAGUCGUCUGGCCACAACGGCCUUUUGUGGUUCUUACGCCGGUGCUGUGAUUGCCAUGCCGUUAGCUGGAAUCCUGGUGCAGUACUCAGGAUGGUCGUCUGUCUUCUACGUCUACGGAACUUUUGGUGUCAUGUGGUACUGUUUCUGGAUCUUGGUGUCGUACGAGAGUCCAGCAGCUCACCCCACCAUCACCGACGAGGAGCGGAAGUACAUUGAGGAAAGCAUCGGCGAGUCUGCCCAACAUACAGUAACGAAGUUCAACACUCCUUGGAGGGCCUUCUUCACCUCCAUGCCGGUGUACGCCAUCAUUGUGGCUAAUUUCUGCAGGAGCUGGACCUUCUACCUGCUUCUCAUCAGCCAGCCUGCGUACUUCGAGGAAGUGUUUGGGUUCGAGAUCAGCAAGGUGGGCAUAGUGUCUGCACUUCCCCAUCUGGUUAUGACCAUCAUUGUGCCCAUCGGUGGCCAGCUUGCAGACUACCUGCGCUCCAACCACAUCAUGACCACCACCAAUGUCCGAAAACUUAUGAACUGUGGAGGGUUUGGGAUGGAGGCGACGCUGCUGCUGGUGGUUGGGUUCUCUCACACUAAGGGUGUCGCCAUUACAUUCCUGGUCCUGGCUGUGGGCUUCUCUGGUUUUGCCAUUUCAGGUUUCAAUGUGAACCACCUGGACAUUGCGCCGCGCUACGCUAGUAUCCUCAUGGGCAUCUCCAACGGCGUGGGCACCCUGUCCGGCAUGGUCUGUCCGCUUAUAGUCGGUGCCAUGACGAAGCACAAGACGCGUGAAGAGUGGCAGGGCGUGUUUCUUAUCGCCUCACUUGUCCAUUAUGGAGGGGUUAUAUUCUAUGGCCUCUUCGCCUCCGGAGAGAAACAGGCCUGGGCCGAGCCGGAGCAGCUGAGCGACGAGAAAUGCGGCAUCCUAGACGAGGACGAGCUCGCCAACGAGACGGAGGAGCUGUAUCGUACGAGCGGCGGGGGGGGCUACGGAGCCAUGAACCAGGGCUCGGAUCCCAACGGAGGAGGGGGGGGAGGAGGAGGAGGAGGAGGAGGCUGGGUCUCUGACUGGGACAAAACCGAGGAGUACGUCCAACCAGCUGGAACCAAUAAUUAUCUUUACGGAGGAGAGGGCGACCGAGAGCUGACAUAA